GUGCUUGUUCCCCGGCCUAUCGUUCGUCACAAUGCUUCGCCGCCCGCAAAAGCGGAAGGUUGAAGAUAAGCUUUCCCUCCACUGGGGCGUCCUUGGCAAAUCACCGGCCGCAUGAGGCCACACGUGCUCGCCGCAGCUCUGGCGCUUGUGCCAAUGGCCUCCAGUCCGUUCUUGCUGACGCUGAUCGUCGGCCUGAUGCUCCCAAAAACUUUUUCUCGGAGAGCUUGCGUAGCUCCAAAGUAGGCAGCUCUUGCGGUAUAUACGUAGGCACGGCGCCCAACAUGGCCGAGGAAGAGUUGUCUUGCGCUCGUUUCCAUUCGCUAUCAACGACCAACGAUAUCCCCUCAAGAUGGUUGUCCUCUCUGUCGCUGCUGCUGCAGUCCUCGGCGCCGCUGGCGUCGCUGGUCUUGCCAACUACCCUCCCAUUCCCAAGGACUUGACCACGCCCGUCCAGCAGCGUCUGGCUUUCCAUGCCAACAAUGCUGUUGCGGUCGGCUGGAGCACGUAUGAGAAGCAGAACAUGUCCUGCGUGGAAUAUGGCUUUUCCGCCACCGCUUUGAACAAGAAGGCUUGCGCCAACACCUCCGUCACCUAUCCCACUUCGCGCACUUGGUCCAACUUCGUGGUCCUGACCGACUUGGCGGCGGGAACCGACUACUACUACAAGAUUGUGUCCGGCAACUCGUCCGUUGGCACGUUCAAGAGUGCCCUCGUCGCCGGUGACAUGGAGCCCUUCAACGCCACCGUCAUGGCGGAUCUCGGUGUGUACGGUGAGAACGGAUACACGGUCAGCAGCAAGGCGAAGCGUGAUCUCAGCCCUGCCGUGUCCCCCGAGCUCAACCACACCACCAUUGCCGCCCUGGCCGCCACCAUUGACGAAUACGACUUUGUCAUCCACCCCGGUGACUUUGCAUAUGCCGAUGAUUGGUACUACAACACCGACAACGUUCUUGACGAGAAGAAUGUCUACGAAGCCAUCCUUGAGAACUUCUACGACCAGCUGGCUUCCAUUGCCGCCAACAAGCCGUACAUGACCGGUCCCGGCAACCACGAGGCCGUGUGUGUCGAGGACGGCACCAUUGACCACAUGUGCCCCAACGGCCAGAAGAACUUCACCGACUACAUGCAGCGUUUCGGCCGUGCGGUCCCGACCACCUUCGUUUCCCAAUCGAAGAACAAGACUGCCGUCCAGCUCGCCCAGAAGGCUGCCGGCCUUGCUCUGCCGCCCAUGUGGUACUCUUUCGAGUACGGCAUGGCUCAUAUUGUCAUGUUCAACACGGAGACCGACUUCUUCAACGCCCCCGACACCCACGGAAGCUACGACCUCGACGUCGGUCCUUUCGGCUCCAAGAAGCAGCAAAUCAACUUCCUCGAAGCCGACUUGGCCUCCGUCGACCGCAGCGUGACUCCGUGGUUGAUCGUCGCUGGUCACCGUCCGUGGUACUCCACUGGUGGCUACGGCAACCAGUGCUUCGCUUGCCAGAACGCGUUCGAAGAGAUCUUCUACAAGUACGGCGUCGACGCCGCCAUGUUCGGGCAUGUGCACAACGCGCAGCGUUUCAUGCCCAUGUACAACAACAAGACCGACUCCGCCGGCCUGAACAACCCCAAGGCCGCUCUGCCGCUAGUCAUGGGUGGCCCGGGCAACAUCGAGGGCCUCUCGGCCAUCGGCUCCAACCUGACGGGCAACGUCUUCGCCUACAACGCCUCGCAGACCUACGCCCGUCUGCAGUUCAUGAGCAAGCAGAAGCUCGGCGUGCAGUUCUUCCGCUCGAACGACAGCAGCCUCCUAGACAGCUCGGUGCUGUACAAGGAGCACGAUGUCGCUUUCGUGGUGCAGUAAUUGGCUGGUUUGGGAAAAGAAAUAGUGAAGGAAUAUCACGUGUCACGCUCAUUUAGACGAGUAAUUAUUUGAGACGGUCGAGUCUGAUUCGCGGACGACUUGUUGGAGUCGCAUCUUACAAAAAUUAGAAGAUCUUUCGUUGCUGAUGUUUCCGCCUCG